UUUGUAUUGACGUGGCGACUGGCCGCCGCCAUGUUGUUUUGCUUCGUUGUCAGAGGAGCGGCAGCAGCGGCAGCCGUGCGGCGCAUGCAUCCGUUUGACGUCUGAGUGAGUUGCCAUGGCGACCUUUGCGGAAUACAUCGCUCAGAACGAGGACCGUGACGGGGUGCGCUUCAGCUGGAACGUGUGGCCGUCCAGCCGCUUGGAAGCCACCCGCAUGGUGGUGCCGGUGGCGGCCCUCUUGACGCCGCUGAAGGAGCGGCCCGACUUGCCUCCCAUCCAGUACGAGCCGGUGCUCUGCAGCCGGGCCACCUGCCGGGCCGUCCUCAACCCUCUCUGCCAGGUGGACUACCGUGCCAAACUGUGGGCGUGCAACUUCUGCUACCAACGGAACCACUUCCCCCCAUCCUACACUGGCAUCUCUGAAGUCAACCAACCUGCGGAGCUGCUUCCCCAAUUUUCCACCAUCGAGUAUGUCGUCCAGCGGGGACCUCCCAUGCCUCUGGUCUUUCUCUAUGUGGUGGACACCUGCAUGGAAGAUGAAGACCUGCAGUCGCUGAAGGAGUCCCUGCAGAUGUCACUGUCCCUGCUGCCUCCAACAGCGCUGGUCGGCCUCAUCACCUUUGGACGCAUGGUUCAGGUGCAUGAGCUCAGCUGCGAGACCAUGUCCAAGAGUUACGUCUUCAGAGGGACCAAGGACCUGAGUGCCAAGCACCUCCAGGAGAUGCUGAAUCUCACCAAACCUUCAGCGGCGCAGGGCCGAGGUCAGCAGGCUCCUCAGCAGCCGCCCUCCAACAGGUUCCUCCAGCCGGUGCAGAAGAUCGACAUGAAGCUGACGGACCUCCUGCUGGAGCUGCAGCGGGAUCCCUGGCCCGUCACGCAGGGCAAGCGGCCGCUGCGCUCGCUGGGCGUGGCCAUGUCCAUAGCUGUGGGGCUGCUGGAGUGUACGUUCCCCAACACUGGCGCUCGGAUCAUGACCUUUGUUGGAGGACCCGCCACCCAGGGUCCGGGCAUGGUCGUGGGGGACGAACUGAAGACGCCCAUCAGGUCGUGGCAUGAUAUUGAGAAGGACAAUGCCAAGUUCAUGAAGAAGGCCACAAAGCACUACGAGUCCCUGGCUCACAGAGCAGCCAACAACGGCCACAUCAUCGACAUCUACGCCUGCGCUUUGGACCAGACCGGCCUGCUGGAGAUGAAGUGCUGCCCCAACUACACCGGGGGCUACAUGGUCAUGGCCGACUCCUUCACCACCUCGUUGUUCAUCCAGACCUUCCAGAGAGUCUUCACCAAGGACGUUCAAGGUCACUUCAAAAUGGCUUUCGCUGCCACCCUGGAGAUCAAGACAUCCAGAGAGGUCAAAGUGUCCGGAGCCAUUGGACCCUGCGUGUCUCUGCACGCUAAAGGCCCGUGUGUCUCUGAAAACGAGAUUGGCACGGGAGGAACGUGCCAGUGGAAGAUCUGUGGCUUGGACCCCACAACCACGCUGGCGCUUUACUUUGAAGUGGUAAACCAGCACAACGCACCCGUCCCGCAGGGCGGCCGAGGAGCGCUGCAGUUCGUCACGCAGUACCAGCACGCCUCGGGACAGAGGCGCAUCAGAGUCACCACCGCCGCCAGGAACUGGGCCGACGCUCAGACUCAGAUCCAGAACAUCGCUGCCUCCUUUGACCAGGAGGCGGCGGCCAUCUUGAUGGCUCGCCUGGCGGUGUACCGCACCGAGACAGAGGAGGGUCCGGAUGUGCUGCGGUGGCUGGACCGGCAGCUGAUCCGGCUGUGUCAGAAGUUCGGAGACUACCACAAGGACGACCCCAACUCCUUCAGGUUCUCGGAGACCUUCUCCCUCUUCCCUCAGUUCAUGUUCCACCUGCGACGCUCGCCGUUCCUCCAGGUCUUCAACAACAGUCCGGAUGAAAGCUCCUACUACCGACACCAGUUCAACAGGCAGGACCUGACUCAGGCGCUCAUCAUGAUCCAGCCCGUUCUCUACGCCUACUCCUUCAACGGGCCGCCGGAGCCCGUGCUGCUGGACAGCAGCAGCAUCCUGCCUGACAGGAUCCUGCUGAUGGACACCUUCUUCCAAAUCCUCAUCUACCACGGAGAGACCGUGGCUCAGUGGAGGAAGGCUGGCUAUCAGGAGAUGCCCGAGUACGAGAACUUCAAGCACCUGCUCCAAGCUCCAGUGGACGACGCUCAGGAGCUGCUGCACAGCCGCUUCCCCAUGCCCCGCUACAUCGACACGGAGCACGGCGGCAGCCAGGCUCGCUUCCUGCUCUCCAAGGUCAACCCCUCACAGACCCACAACAACAUGUACACCUGGGGCCAGGAGUCCGGCGCCCCCAUCCUGACGGACGACGUCAGCCUGCAGGUCUUCAUGGAUCACCUGAAGAAGCUGGCCGUCUCCAGCGCUGCCUGAAGAGGCCGCCAGGACAAGCGCCAGCUCCCGAACACGUGGCCUGGUGACCGCGGUGACAGACGCGGCUCACACCAGCAGGGGUCAGGCUUUCCCACACCAAGUCCGGAACAAGCAAAGUGUCAGUUCACUUGGCGACAACACCAAACAUUACAUGUCGAUAGGAACUUGUUUGACAUAUCUUGGGGUCAUGUGACCCGUCAGCUGCCUGUUUCUAAUAAACGUCAGGAUUGAUGGAUUCUGACUUGGGUGGGUGU